UUUUCUAACAGUGAAACAUUUCUCUAAUGCAGGGAUGGUGUCGGCUCUAGAUGAAGGCGUUGGCAACGUCACCGCAGCGUUGAAGCAGCGUGGCAUGAUGGACAACACACUCAUACUGUUCCUAUCUGAUAAUGGACCCGAUAUGCGUUUCCAUGGCAACAGCUUUCCUCUAAAGGGAGGCAAGCUCUCAAUCUGGGAGGGUGGUCACCGAUCGGUCAGCUUCCUGCACGGUGUGGGGCUGCAGAGGACGGGGGUGACGUACGACGGAUUGGUACACGUCGUGGACUGGCGGCCGACCCUGGUGGCGGCGGCGACGGGAGGGGGAGGAACGCCAGAAGCUGACAUAGACGGGAUAAAUCUCUGGGAGAACAUUCGGACGGGGUCGCCUUCCCUGAGAACAGAAUUUGUCUACAAUCUGGACGAUGUUCAUGCCGAUUUCUUCAACGCUGGUAACGCCGCACUGAGAGAUGGUGACUACAAUAGACAAGUCUCUGUUGUUUUAGAGAUGGAGACUACAAUAGACAAGACUGUUGUUUUAGAGAUGGAGACUCAAUCGACAAGUCUGUUGUUGUAG